AUGUCAGCUAUUGAUGAACCUAAUCUGUGUAAACUGCUUAAGCUCUAUCACCUGCAAGUCCUUCGAAUUACAAAGAUAGAUGAAGAGGAUAAGGUGAAGUCCAUCGACAUUGGUUACCUACCUUGUGUGCAGGAACUAUACCUUCCUAAAAAUACAUUGUCCAGGAUCCCCCACAUUGGGAGGUUGACUACACUUCGUGAGCUGAAUGGGUUCAGCGUGCGAAAAAAAGAUGGCCACAGAAUAACUGAGCUGCAGGAUUUAGGGAAGCUACGGAAAAUCAUUGUGCUUGAUGUCCAAAAUGUUAGCAAUUUUAAUGAAGCUUAUGCUGUUAGAUUGGAUAAUAAGACCGCUCUGAAGGUAUUGUCUUUGGGAUGGUCUGAUGAUAAUGCUAGAGAUGAUGUUCAAAUCCUCACCAAGCUUGUUCCCCACAGGAGUCUCAAGAAUUUAAUUAUUUCUGGAUAUAUUGGCAUUAAACCACCAAUUUGGAUGGAACCCAGCUACCUCACCAAUUUGGUAUAUCUCAAGCUUGAUGGCUGUGUGCAAUGGCACGAACUCCCACUGCUUGGCACCCUACGGUCACUAAAGCAUGUCUUUCUGGUGCAUCUUACAAAGUUGAAGUGUAUUGCCAGUUUAUCCAAUGGUUCUGGCGGAUUGCCGCCUCAUCUAGUUACAUUUGAUGUGAAAUAUUGCCCAGACCUUUCAGAGCUACCUGUGCUACCUUUCAGUCUAAAGUUUUUGGGUGUAGAAGCAGUUGGAAUCUCAAGUCUGCCUACCACUAUGUCUGAUCUCGAGAGAUUAAUAGAGCCACGGCUUUCUGUGCUGCAAAUAGAAUCCUGUGAAUUUUUGGCUUCCCUUGAUGGUUCUUUCCUACAAGAGGAACAUUACAACGCUCUCUCAGUUUUAAAACUUUUUCGAUGCCAUAAAUUGAGCUCACUUCCUGAUGCAGCACAUUUUCAAAGAAUGUGUGUACUGGAGAGUGUUGAAAUAGUUGACUGCGAUAUUUUAGCAUCCUUGGGUGGGCUAGUAGCCCUUUCUCAUCUUAAACUAUUGAAAAUAGAGCGUUGUGGCAAUCUGCUCAAUACUUCAUCGUCAAGGCUUCCUCAGUCACAAGACGAAAGUUUGUCUCUGGAGCUUGAAACACUUGCAAUUGAUGACCAUCUGCUACUUGUUUUGACUCCAUUGAGGAAUUUGUGCUGCACUAGGAGGCUUAUCAUAUCAGGCGAAUCUAUAACGAAUUUGUUGCCAGAGGAUUGGUUGUUGCAGAAUGGAUUGCACCUGGAGCAUAUACAAAUAAGCAAUGCUGAACACUUGCAGUCUCUUCCGCUGAAAAUGCAUGAUUUGCACGCCCUUCGGAGUUUGCUUCUUCAUAAGGCUCCCCUCCUUCAGUCACUCCCUUUAAUGCCUCCUCAGCUGUGGGCCCUUAUCAUUACUGGUUGCUGCACAGAGUUAAAUGAGCAAUGUCUUGCCGGUGGCUCAGAGUGGGCGAAGAUAAGUCAUAUCCACCGUUGUAACAUAUCGAAUGGAAGAUGA